GCGCGGUGACGUCAGGGGCGGGGCCGCCCGGCGCUGCGGUCCGCCCGGCGCUGAGGGGCGGCCUCGCUCCGCGCCGCUCGGCGGCCGGCCCCGGGGCGGGGGCAGGCAGAGCCCGGCGCGGCGCCGAGCAUGCGAGUGCCGGCGGGGCGGGCUGCAGCGGCAAGCCGGAGCCGGGGGCAGCGGCGGGCCGGGGCGGCGGAGCCAUGUUGCUGGCCUCGGCCGUGGUGGUGUGGGAAUGGCUGAACGAGCACGGGCGCUGGCGGCCCUACAGCCCUGCUGUCAGCCACCACAUCGAGGCGGUGGCCAGAGCCGGACCGCGGGCGGGGGGCAGCGUGGUGCUGGGCCAGGCCGACAGCCGCCUGGCGCCGUACAUCAUCGACCUGCAGUCCAUGCACCAGUUCCGCCAGGACACCGGCACCAUCCGCCCGGUCCGGCGCAGCUACUAUGACCCCUCGUCGGCGCCGGGCAAGGGAGUGGUGUGGGAGUGGGAGAACGACAGCGGCUCCUGGACGCCCUACGACAUGGACGUGGGCAUCACCAUCCAGCGCGCCUACGAGAAGCAGCACCCCUGGGUGGACCUGAGCGCCAUCGGCUUCUGCUACGUCAUCGACUUCGCCACCAUGGGCCAGAUCAACCGCCAGACCCAGCGCCAGCGCCGCAUCCGCCGCCGCCUCGACAUGGUCUACCCCCUGGUCUCGGGCACCCUGCCCAAGUCGCAGUCCUGGCCGGCCAGCCCCGGGGCGGCGGCGGCGCCCCCGGUGCCCGCCUGCGCCUGCCCCCAGUGUCUCCUGGUCAUGAGCGUCAAGGCCACCGUGUCGGCCGCCGGCCCUGGCGCCGCCACCCUCCAGCCCCGUAAAGCGCCCCCUGCGCCGCCCACCGCUCCUAAAGCUCCGGCUCCGGCCUCGGGGCCCAAGGCGCCCGACGGCACAGCCACGGUGCGUGGCACGCUGAAGCCGCUGGCAGCCCAAGGAGGCCGGCGGCAGGCGGCCAGCACUCCCGCCCUGAGCUUGGCCAGCUCCGCCGCCAGCCCCCCUGGUGCGGGCAGUGCCAAGGCCUCCCGUCCUGCCCUGAGCACCCUGAACCGCAGCCACCUCCAGCGCCUGGCCAUCGCCCAGUCCCGGGUGCUGAUUGCUUCUGGGGUCCCCACCGUCCCCGUGAAGAACCUCACUGGCUCCAGCCCGGUCAACCCAGCGCUGGCAGGGAUCACCGGGAUCCUGAUGAGCGCGGCCGGGCUGCCCGUGUGCCUGACCCGGCCCCCCAAGCUGGUGCUGCACCCCCCGCCCGUCAGCAAGAGCGAGAUCCAGUCCAUCCCUGGCAUCUCCCACACCUGCCGCAAGACCACAAAGAAGCAGGCCAAGAAGGGUAAAACCCCGGAGGAGGUGCUGAAGAAAUACCUGCAGAAGGUGCGGCACCCCCUGGAUGAGGACUGCACCAUCUGCAUGGAGCGCCUCUCUGCACCCUCUGGCUACAAGGGACCCCAGCCCACCGUCAAGCCUGACCUGGUGGGGAAGCUGGUGAAGUGUGGACACAUCUUCCACCUCCACUGCUUGGUGGCCAUGUACAACAACGGCAACAAGGAUGGAAGCCUGCAGUGUCCCACCUGUAAAACCAUCUAUGGGGUGAAGACAGGGACGCAGCCCCCGGGGAAGAUGGAGUACCACAUCAUCCCUCAUGCCCUGCCUGGCCACUCCGAGUGCAAAACCAUUCGCAUCAUCUACAACAUCCCCCCGGGGGUGCAGGGACCAGAGCAUCCAAACCCUGGGAAGAGCUUCACCGCCCGCGGCUUUCCCCGGCACUGCUACCUGCCAGACAGCGAGAAGGGCAGAAAGGUACUGAAGCUGCUGCUGGUGGCCUGGGACCGACGCUUGAUCUUUGCCAUUGGGACCUCCAGCACCACAGGCGAGUCGGACACGGUGAUCUGGAACGAGAUCCACCACAAGACAGAGUUUGGAUCCAACCUCACCGGCCAUGGCUACCCUGACAUCAACUAUCUGGACAAUGUCCUCGCUGAGCUUGCAGCCCAGGGCAUCACAGAGGAGAGCCUGGCGCAGGAGAAGGACUGAGAUGGCGGCAGGGAGGCAAGGGAAGGGGUGCCUGUGCCCCUCUUCCGCCCUCCCCACCUCCCGAGGAUAAAGCUGCUGGAGAAACUCACCUGGAGGCUUUGUAGGGGGCACCUAGAGCCCCCCAGUCCUGGUGGCACUGCCCAGUGGGAGCAUCUCCAGGCUGGCCAGGAAUGUGGGAGCAGGUCUGCUAGGUUGUCCCCUUCACUCUGGCAGGGAGGGAGCCACAGUGUUCUGUGCUGGCCUGGCUGUACCCUCUGCCUAGCGUCCUGUCCCCUCUGCCACCAUGGUGAGGGCUUGAGGGGUGCCAGGGUGCCCUCCUUCCUCAUGCAUGGGAUGAUCCCAGGCUGGCUUCAUGCCCCUGACACCCACCUGGGCGUGGGACCUGGCCUCGGGUGGGAGUGGGAUCCGCAGGAGUCCCCCUUGCUCUGCCUUCUCCCUCCACUGUCUCCUUGUUCCUUUGUCCUGUCUGGUCCCUCCUCAUGGGUCUCCUGUGUCUGUGGAGGCUGGGGGGCCCAGGUCUGCCUCAGCUGGGUCCCCCAGCCCUGUGCCCCCAUCUCCUCUUGGCUGUGUCUGAACUGUGCCCUGCAGGGUCCCCUUGCCUGGGCUGCACCCCCAGGCUGUCCUGGGGAGGGGCUGCUGGGUGGCAGGGAGCAGGGGCAGGGGCAGAGGUCUCCUGGCUUGUUUGCCACCCUCCUGUGUUGGUUCCUUGAACUUCUCAUGGGGGUGUCCCUGUGUGACUCUAUCUAUACCUCACCUUUUGGGGCUGUGUUGUGUAUCUGUGUGUAUAGGUGCUGGGGGCUGGGGAGGUGAGCUGGGGGCUGGGAGAGCUUAGUGCUGUGGCCAGGCUGGAGGCUGAGCCCUGUGGCACUUGGUGGGGAGCAGGGGGAGCACCACUCCCCUACUGCAGGGACUCCUCACCCUGAAAAGGGGUCAGUGCCCCACAGUGGGGCUGUUGCCAGUGGGUCCCCAUGGGGCCAGGUGCAAGUGUGGGUCCCCUUCCCACUGGGUCUUAGCACUACCUGAGGGGUGGUGGUGGGCAGCUGGCUGGAAUUGGGUUGGCACAGUGGUUUUGGGCUGGGGCCAGGGUGGUUGAUGUGGGGAGGGGAGCAUGGGUAACAGGGGGUGGGUGUUGCAUGACAUCUUGGAGCCCCUGCUAGCCCCUGGGGACUUCCUAGGACCUCUCAGAGUCACCUGUGAUGGAGGUCUGCAUGGCUUUGUUGACUGCCCUGCAGGGCACUCUUCUCGUUGGCAGGGGCUGGUUGUGCUCACAAGACCCCCGGGCUUGGAGAGCAAGUGGAGGGCACUGCCCAGGCUGCCCCCAGCCCUGCACCAUUGCUCCCAGGGCAGCCUGGGGUCUCCUAGCCUGUUCUGUUGUGUUCACCUCCUGGUUCUCCUGGGGGGGUCACCUUGCCCUGUGUCCCAGGGGAUGGCAGUGUGGGAUGGGGGGGGCACCCUGCUGUGCAUCGUUCUGUUGUCCUUGAUGUUGUUUCUUCUCCCUGGCCUGGGAAAUGUGUGCCAGCCCCAGCCAGGCACUCUGCAGAGGGGAGAGGGCAUCAAUAAAGCAGAUGGCAGGGGACACUGCACGGCCUGGCCUCUCUGUUGUCUUCUGUCCGUCGUCUGUGUGCCCAGGUGAGUGAGGUGGCACCGGGGGGGGGAGGCCAGGCCCUC